AUGAUUCUUUUAAAUAGAGGCCUUCGGUUUAGCCCAACAAAUCAGCCCAACAAUUUGACACUUAAUAGAUUCAUUUGUUUGUUUCAUCUCUUAACUAUUUAUUGGCUAAUUAAAAACGCCUCCAAGUCGCUUCUUCCUCCCUCUCACUUUUCCACCCGCCGGCCACCAGAGAAGUGCUCCUCCCUCCGUCGACCCGUGCAGCGUCGCCGGAGAUAUACUCCUCCCUUCUUGAAAUCCACUCCUCGAGGUAAUCUGAACCGGCGGCACCUUCUUCCCCGUACCCGGAGCCACCGCCGUCCUUGCCGUCUUUCGCCUUCCCUCGAGCUUUCAGGGAAAAAUCCUUCAUCUCUCGACACACAAUUGAUUUUAUCAGGUUUCUAUAUAAUUAUAAUGCCACGUAGGCCAACAAGAAGAACCCAUUUACAAAGACCUCAACACACCUUCUCUCGCUUAGGUCGUUCCAUGGCCUUACUUUCCUCUACACGAAAGGUCAAACAGCAAAAUGACAUAAACGCCCCUUCCAACUCCACAGGUAGAAAAAAGGAGAAACAUGAUACCAUAGAAUCAAAGAGAGAAGUGUCAUGUUCUUCUUCUGAAAAUGAAGAUUCUUCUUCAGAAGAUGACUUUGAGGGAGUUGUUCAAGAAGUUUUUCUCUUCUUUGACCCAAAGCCUGAUGAUUUCCAUGGAGUAAAGGUCUUGAUGCAGACUUAUUUAGAUAAUAAAGAAUGGGAUUUGACCAGUUUUGUUGACUUAAUAUCACAACAAACUUCAGUGGGAGCAGUUGUUAAAAUAGAAGAUGAAUCAGUUUAUGGCUUUGUUUCUGCUUUGAAUUUACAAAGAUAUAAGGAUUGUAAAUGUAUGAUGGAAGUGAAAGAGUUUUUGAUAUCAAAGUGUCAAGAAAAAGGAAUAAAAGAAAAUUUAAAAUCAUAUAUAGGGGAGAAAGCAGUUGAUGUUGGACAUUUGAUCUCACAACGUGUUGUAUAUCUCCCUCUUCAGCUUCUGCCAUCAUUGUAUGAUGCUCUUUUUAAUGAAAUCUCUUGCGCUACAAAAGAUGAGCCAACACAGGAGCUUAGGAAGUUAUUCUGCUUCAAGAGGGGCAUGAAAGCUACCGUUUCUAGACUUUGGUUGGGCAAUGCGGAACCAUGA